AUGGAUUCUAUACCUUCUCAAGAUGAUGUUAGAUCCACCAGGCCUAAUAUGUCUUGGACCAUGAACAUGGAUAACUUGUUAAUAGAGACCCUUGUUGAGCAAGCAAACCUUGGAAACAAGGUAGACAAGAGCUUCAAGGCUUUGGCAUAUGAUGCUGCUGUUAGGGCCAUAAGCUUAGCAUUUAGGGUGGACUGCACUUAUAACAACAUUACAAUCCACUUGAAAACAAUCAAGAAAAAUUUGAGCACCAUUUCAAACAUCCUUAACUCGAGUGGUUUCUCUUGGAAUGACCUUACAAAGACUAUAGAUGCAGAGCCUAAAGUAUGGGCAGAAUACAUCCAAGCACACCCUGAGGCAGGGAAGUUUAGAAGGAAAGCAAUCAAUAACUACGAUCAACUUGCAAUAGUUUGUGGUAAUGAUCAAGUAACUGGGGCUAGAGCUUUUACUGCUAGAGAGGCACUUAGACAGAAGGUAACAACAUCAAUGACUCCCAAUAACAUACAAACAAUGCAUGAGCCAGCCUACGGGGAGUUGGAUGAGGGAGAAAAUGCUGGUGACUCUACCCUGUAA